GGACAGGAAAAGCCCCGCCGCCGCCGCCGCCGCCGCGCCGGAGACACCGACCGCGGCGGCAGCAGCAGCAGCAGCAGCGAGAGGCAGAGGCGGCGGCGGCGGGGAGGACAGCACGGCCGAGGCUGCCCAGCGGCGCCUCCUCCACACCCCCCGCCGCAGCAGCACCGGCGACAGAUUUUUUAAAAAAUGGAUUUGGCCAACCAUGGACUUAUUCUACUGCAACAGUUAAACGCUCAGCGAGAGUUUGGUUUCCUGUGUGACUGCACGGUUGCAAUCGGCGAUGUAUACUUCAAGGCACACAAAUCAGUUCUUGCUUCAUUCUCCAAUUACUUUAAGAUGUUGUUUGUCCAUCAGACCAGUGAGUGUGUCCGCUUGAAACCAACUGACAUACAGCCCGACAUCUUCAGCUAUCUCUUACACUUGAUGUACACUGGGAAGAUGGCGCCUCAGCUCAUCGACCCGGUUCGAUUAGAACAGGGCAUCAAGUUUCUGCACGCCUACCCGCUCAUCCAGGAAGCCAGCCUCGCCAGCCAGGGAGCCUUUUCUCACCCUGACCAAGUUUUCCCACUGGCUUCUUCAUUGUAUGGCAUUCAGAUUGCAGAUCAUCAGUUGAGACAAGCCACCAAGAUUGCUUCAGCACCUGAAAAACUCGGGCGAGAUCCACGGCCACAGACCUCCAGGAUAAGCCAGGAGCAGAUCCCUGAGGCCUCACAGCUCUCCCAGCUGACUUCAAAUCUGGCCCAGGUGAAUCGGACAAAUAUGACUCCCUCAGACCCCCUGCAGACCUCGCUGUCUCCAGAACUUGUUUCCACUCCUGUUCCUCCCCCUCCUCCCGGGGAGGAGACCAAUCUGGAAGCAUCUUCCUCCGAUGAGCAGCCUGCGUCCCUCACAAUAGCCCACGUCAAGCCGAGCAUCAUGAAGAGGAAUGGGAGCUUUCCAAAGUACUAUGCCUGCCACCUGUGUGGACGGCGCUUCACUCUCCGGAGCAGCUUACGUGAACACCUCCAGAUCCACACAGGAGUACCUUUCACAUCUAGCCAACAGGGAGAAAGUCGCGUCCCCCUGACUCUCUGUAGCAAUGCAGCUGACCUCGGGAAAGAUGCCAUGGAAGUGCCUGAAGCCGGGAUGAUAAGUGACAGUGAGCUGCAGCACAUCUCCGAUUCUCCCAUCAUCGAUGGGCAGCAGCAGUCGGAAACCCCACCCCCCUCAGACAUUGCUGACAUUGACAACCUGGAGCAGGCCGACCAGGAGAGGGAGGUGAAGAGGCGGAAGUACGAGUGCACAAUAUGUGGACGCAAAUUUAUCCAGAAAAGCCACUGGAGGGAACACAUGUACAUACACACCGGGAAGCCUUUCAAGUGCAGCACUUGUGACAAAAGCUUUUGCAGGGCCAACCAGGCUGCCCGCCACGUGUGCCUCAACCAGAGCAUCGACACUUACACCAUGGUGGACAAACAGACUCUGGAACUCUGCACAUUUGAGGAAGGGAGUCAGAUGGACAACAUGCUGGUGCAAACAAACAAACCCUACAAAUGCAACUUGUGUGACAAAACAUUCUCCACUCCCAAUGAGGUUGUUAAACAUUCAUGCCAAAACCAGAACUCGGACGUUUUUGCCCUAGAUGAAGGGCGAGCCAUUCUUCUAGGCAGUGGGGACUCAGAAGUAACGGAGCCUGACCACCCAGUGUUAGCUUCCAUCAAAAAGGAACAAGAAACCGUCUUACUAGACUGAAUGUCACUUAUCUUUUUAAAAAACUCUCAUUUUUACAAAGACUAUCUUCCCUCCCUUCCCUGAAUUCAGAACUGUAGUUCUCCAUGGCAUGAUACAAACAGGUCCUUGUUCUCUUCUCCUCUUCCCCUUUUCCACAUCCCAGCCCCACCUCUGUGAAGGCUUUGUGCAUUAUAAACCUGGAAUGUAUCGACUUUCUUUCAGGGGAUAUUGGAAAGAUAAUGGUCAUUAUACUUAUAAACUCAAAUUUUGAGAGGUUUUAGAUUAUUCAAAAGCAUACUUGGAACUAAUGAAGGGUAUAUAAUAAAACAACUGGAAUCCAAUUUGGUAAGCUAAAAUUAUGACUUUCCCUGGGUAAAAAGUCUUCUCAGAAAAACAAUGUCAGAAAAUACAGCGUGCUUCUUAGAGAUACGGCUGGGCUCUGUACUAUGCAAAAUCUAGAAAGUGUGGGGAAACUUUAAACCCAAGAAAACGUUCUUAGUAUUCAUCCUCCAGGUGUCUUACUUCAGAAUGCAUCCUUUGAGAUUAUGUCCACUUAAGAGAAAUCAUCAGUUAAGAAAUCUACUUUAACAAAACAAAAAGGAGAAAAAGUAAUAAUGUGAUGGCAAUCUUAAUUUUUGGGUACAACAUGACAAGCUGUGAGUUUGUGUGUUUGUAAGAGAAAAAUGUGUGGGUACUUGCUAUAAACAGGUGAAUUAAUGCACAUCCUUAUCUCAUUGCUGGCUUCUUUCCAAGUUGAGCAACAACAAAAUGCUGUAUUUGAGUUUCUGACAAAUUUGUUUUAAAAAUCAAAUUUGAAUGUACUAUUCUAUAAAUUGCCUUUCUGAAUAGAACAUGACAUGCCAUUUUCUAGCAGCUGCCAGUGAUAAUUUGUUUUACACUAACUUUUAAAUCAGUGUGUGUACUGCAGGGAAAAGGAUAUAGGAAUACUCAUCUUACAGGGGAAUUUGUGACCAGAAGAUAUAGUAACUUCAAUGACUGAAAAAGUCAAUGCUGAUAGUUUACUGGCAACAUUAAUUGAAGCAUCAAAAAUAAAUGGCAAAGAGAAAUCAGGACAAAAAAUCUAAUUGCUGUUUGGGAAAAAACUUGAUUUUGAUGUUUAUUCUCCAGGUUUUUGGUUUUUUUUUUUUCUUUUUUCUUUUUUAAUGCCUGAAAUUUUCUCCAUUGGCCCGAAAGCAGUAAAAAUUGUUCAUUAAUCUUCCGUUAGGCCAAUAAAAGAAGGGCCUCACAGGACAAAACAGGAGCCAGAAGUAAGGACUUAAGGAGAAGGGGAGAAUAGCUAAUAGCUAUACUAUAUGUAUAUGUUAAAAACUGAAUAUCCCAUCAUCCUAUUUCAUGUAUAGUUGAGUUCUCAAAUUUGUAAGUUUUUAUACAUCCUUUCAUUGAAUAAACGUUUAAUUAAAUGGG